CAUGGCACAAUCGGUGUGGUUCUCAUGUACUUCCUGUGAGCCUCGCAAACAAACUCGUAUUUCGGUACGGCUCCUUUUCCUGUUCGGGAAACAAGCCACCAACGCCGACGAGAGUUUUUUUUUGUGUAUUUUGUUGACCACUUCGUUAACUCCGGACUGCAUUAGGUCAGAUCGUUGUGAUGCAUCGGUUUUUGGAAGGUUUUCUGCAACGUUAUUCGCAUGAAUUUGUUACCGACCAGAGCUGUGCUCGGUGGAAAGGUUCAAAGGAUCGGACUGAGCGCUUUCACAUAGUACUUGUGACAUUCGCAAUCAGAAGAUAGUGAAUGUGGAUCCCAUUUCCCGACUGCCUCCUGCGCCUGUUUCACUUUGGGUAAAGGCAACCAUCCCCGGAUGUUAAUGUUCUUUGGUAAAUGAGUCCGCUUUUCACGUCACCUUGAAUGUAUUUUUUUCUUCAAGAACACGAAGACCGAGUUUGUCAUCUUCAAAUUGUGUGUUAGAGUUGAUUCUACCUGUAUUGGAGACUUGAGUACAAAAGAUGGAUUUCGAGUCUGGCAGCCACGACUGCUGCGUCGAAGAGGAGGAAUCGGACGAUUUCGAGGAUCCGUUUGAUAGGGCUUACUGUGAUGAGCUGGAGAUCGUCUCGGAUGAUGAUGAAGAAGGUGAUGAUGACGAGGAUGAGGAUGCUCUCUGUGUCUCGCCUCUGGUUAUUGAAGAGCGACGUCUGCAGCUUCUUCAAUCCGCUAGAGCACGUGCGUGCGGUGGUACAGGCGGGAGAAGAUUGCGCAACGCGUCAGGGCGACCAAUAUUCCGCGGUGACAGUUCUGAUCUACUCUUUUGCGAACCUUUGCACAAAGCACUAGCCGACAUCACAGCGAGCGCUGCGAAUGAUGCAGAUGAGGAUGAAAUACAAGGCGUAGGCAAAUGCCGACUCGCCUCAGACGUAAUCCGUUGGAUGAAAUCAUCCUUGAGAUACCAUGUUGCUUUUGGAUCCGAUUUGCCGGCUUUGAAACUUGAGCUUCGCGAUGAUGGUGCGACACCCAAUGAGGUGACUUCUCCUCCGAGAAAAAAGCAACGCGUGGCCACUUGCAAUGAUGUCGGAGCGUCAAAUACGUCUGUUUCAAAGGCCUUGACAAAAAGAAGCACUAGGGAACUGGCUUUACCACUGCAGCAAAAUGAUGUGCCAAUCUUGAAAACGAAAUUGGAAGAGCUCCAUAUCCAGAACAUGGACGAGGUACGAGGAGCGCUUCUCAGUUUCGCGCAGGACCGACUCAAGAAAGACGACUGGGGAAAGGCUGAGCGUGUCGAAAUAGCAAAGUUCCAUCUAUUUUCCAGAACAGCACGCGCGAAAGAUGACGAGGGUGAUACAUUUUCACACAGUUUAGGCGCGCAAUAUCUGCAGGCUCCGAAAGGAAAAAGUGAGAUAGCAGAUGCUGCCAGCUCUGCACCCUCGACGCCUAAACCGUCUGCACUAAAAGUUGGCUGCACAAGCAGCAGCAGGAGCGACGUUAUCGCGCGAGGCGAGGGAACCGAAUCGAAGAGGCGUAAGGUGGCGGGUCAGAGUGGCGACAGCAGCGGCGGUGAAGUGGCCGACAACAUCAAGAUCAACUCUGAGGUGUCGCUGGUAUCUGCAGGAGAGAGUGCGGGCUGCGUGGUAGAGCGAGUCGCAACGACUCCUACAAUCCAGGGUGACGAUGAGUGCCUGGCCCCUACGUCGAAUACUCUGAGCGGAGUUGAUAGACGCGGCACCGUAGCUGCGAAACCAACGCGUUCGUCCAUCGUGGCUCACAUCGUUCUGCUGCUGCCCAGUAAAGGAAGAGGCGAUAUUACGCUCACUGCGGCCGACGGGGCAACCUAUGAUGUGUGCGUUAGUGGUGAUAAGGUGCUCCUUCUAUGGGUCUACGGAAGAGAGUGCAAAUUCAACGUUGCGCAGACGGCAGAGACACCGACUUUAGCUGUUUCGUGGCGCGUUUUUGAGAACUCCGACAUGGCGAACUCUAAGCGACUGGAGCGUUCAUUGAGCUACCUCGGACACCAGAGUUUUUUUCCGCAAUUCUCGGCGUCUGAGCCACGGAUCUUCCUUGAAACUAGUGUCCCUAUCUCCGGUUGGUUUUUGCGCGGAAAUUACGGGUGUGACAACCAUAACAACAUCUUGCAGGCUGCUACUGCGGAUACCGCACCGGAUGACGACUCCCAACUCGUGAAAGCGCUUCAUGGUCUUCCCCCAUACUGUUUGGUAGCCACAGCUGAUGUUGUUCGAGAGAGUGCUGCUGCUUCGUCCUCCUUCUCUUUUGACGCAGGCUCUCUCCGCUUUGUCUCGAAGCUAAAUAUUUCGAACACGGAACAACCUGGUAUUGCCUCGCCAUAUGACAACGACGACGUGGAGAUACAAUUCGGUGGCGGUGACUCUGAGGUCGACCCCAGCGUGGUCAAGAGUAAUGCUUUGGUCAAACUCUCGAAGGAGCUGUGUCAGGCUGAUCCGCGGAAGGUGGUCCUUAACUUCGACGAUUGUGCUCGAAAUCAGACGAACUUUCCGUGUAAAUCUGAACAGAUGAGUGCUUCACAUUAUGAACACUCUGUUGAUCAUGAGCGGACUUGUGGAAGGAGAACUGCGAUACUCUUUUUUAAAACUGGAGACCUCUAUGAGUUUUUUCUUCGGUUUGGUGGUAUCGAAAACUUUGUGGAUCUUGAUAACGCGGAAAACCUCGAAAAGGUUGUGCGGAGCUGUCAAGCAAAUAGCUGUCUGCCGCCGAAGUCUGUGUGGGACCGCCUGUCGCAGCAUCCACACCUUUUCCCCACACUUGCUCCGACGGCUUUGAUUCCAGUGAUGCACCUACACCACUCUAGACGUAUGACAGUGUCCGGAAUGGAAUCGAAAACCGAUCUGGACGAUACAUUUAUGGAUGAAAGUGUCGCGCAGCAGGCAGACUAUGAAUAUUUGGUCGCUGUGGCGGAACGAGCUCUACGCGAUGUCCUUUCUCCUAGCGGAGAGUGCGGCUAUAGUACUCAACUACGCUUGGAAGAAACCCGACUGCGAGUAGGCGCGGUUUUGAGGUAUUUGCAAGCGGCCUUCUUUUGCGACUUCAAAUUCAACGACAUACGCCGCGCCAGUUCCACGGAACUCCGCAGUUCCUUCGCUUGUGUGCCAGAGGAUAGGCUGCACAGGGCUAAGGCAACAAGGCUCUCGUGGUCGCUGAUCGAACUUGGGCGCUCUAUUGUACAGACUGCAAGUCGUGAAGACGUCAUCGGUAUGGUGGCCAGAUACCUCGAUGACGUAGAUGAAGACAGCCAACGCGAGCGGUCCGAAGUAGCAGACGAUGACGUGGAUGCUUCACAGGAGGAGAGCGAUGCAUGUGCUGCAGUUGAAGAAAUUGAGCAAGAUUCGGUGAGCGUAGGUGGAGCUGCUGGUGAGCCUGUUUCGCCCGUGUCGUCGCAUGCAUCACUUGAGACGGCUCCUUCUCCCCGUGGUGCGGGUCAGUUCUGGACCAGGCACGAUAGUGCUGUUCUAGGCGCUAUCAUUAGCGCUGCAGUUGCUGCCGAAGACGGAGAGCCUCUCCAAGCUUGGGCGGAGCUGCGGUACAAACGGUUGCCGACCCCGGUAGGCGUGCAGGAGGGGUACAACUUGGAAGGUGACCUUUUUGCAGCGCACAACAUCAUCAUCGAUUGUUUGAUGGACCUGCGUCUACAACAUGACACGGAGGACGUUUUUUACGGGGAAGUGUGGGAUAGCGUGUCGCUAGUCAGCGGGAAAAUGGUUGGUGUUCUCAUCGCCCAUGCCGACACCGUGGGACUCGACUGGGAAGAGCUCGGUCCUGCUUUUGUUACGGUAUGCAUACCGGGAAAAGGGAAUUUGAGCCAGGACGGGCUUUUUCGAUAUUUGUCGAGUAUAUUUAAAGGCAUUUGUCAGGAGGCGCCUUCGGGUCUCUCCAAAUACGAGAAAAGUGACGCGGAUCCAACAACGACGAAUGGGGCGAGGGGAGCGGGUGCUUGGUUUGCGAGCAAGUUAAGGCCUUCGAUAAUCCAUUUGAUUUCCCUAUGAGUUUUAGCAAUUUUUUCUCUGCGAUAGGCAAGGCUAUAUCUAGGAGGAUACAGCACACCUCUAAACACGAUUCGUCUCAACAGAAUGUGUGCACGAUUGGUUGACUGCCUGUGCAAGAUCCUUGAUGAUGACGAUCGCGGAGUUGUACUUCUUUUACUCGAGGCAAUCGUGCAGAAAAUUGUGCGCAGAAAAAAGUACAAGGUAGAAGAGAUCGAUUUGCAUGAAAGAAAUAGUACUGGUAAUAUAGGACCACAAAGCGAAACGCUGCCGGGCUGCGCGACAGAAAAGGGAAGACGCAGCAAUUUUUUUCAUGCGCUGUAUAAGGCAUGCGACGACGCCUUACAUGCUUGCCCGACUUUACCCUUGCGCUGAAGAAAAUGUGUAUGCUGAGUAUUAGGUCAAAAGUAAAUUUUGGAGAAUACUUCAUUUAGCAUUGUGUCGUGAAGCUCAGAAUUGAUGUAGGACUAAUGUGGAAAUUUGAUGCUCAUUUUGAUAUACAAAGUAUAAUUCGAACUCUAUUUCUAGCGCUUUAGGCCUAGGUCCAGCAUCGCUCAGAGCACAUGCAGGAAUAUAGCCGGUUAGUUUUUCCUUGUCUUAGGCUAUUCCCUUGAGCCAACUUGUAAUGUAAUUUGAACUCUAUUUUUUAUACGCUGGAAAAGAAGACGAGGCGCAUACUUAUUAUGUUUACGCGAUUUACGGAAUUGGGGUUUCAGAUCUAAUUCCCUAACAUGUGUAUAGGGUGAAAAGGAAAACUUGAUGCCAAAAUCUCGUGAUAGACCAUCAUAGAAACUAUAGUCACCGAAUCUCAACAAAGAUAAUCAAUAGACUUCUGUUAUCGCAGCUCCAAGCUGGGCUUCCGAACGGAGUGGAUGGAUGGAACUCAAGUGGCACGCCAAUUUUAGGGAACAAAUCGAGACUUCUAGAAUGAGUAUUCAUAUUGUCCGCGUGCGCCUGGCGUGUAGAUACGUUGGCGCAGUCUGGGUCCUCUAUGACAUUCGCUGUCGGGCACGGAUGGCUUGAUACUAUCAACGCAAGAUGAUGACAGAGAUGACACUUUUACAGCUAAGAGGAUGAGUUAGAUUUUCACUUUCUACGGCCUACAGCUGCUAUGGCCGCUAGAAAUUCAAGGGGCCAAAGCUUCCGACUUCGAUUGCUUGUUGCGUUGAGAUUCGUUUCGUAUUUAAAUGCGUGUGAACAACUGGAGAGGAUGACCUCCUUGAAAAAA